AUGGUUCAAGAAUCUACAAUGAUAUGUGUCGAUAACUCGGAAUGGAUGAGAAAUGGCGAUUUCCAACCAACGAGAUUGCAAUCUCAACAAGACGCUGUUAAUUUGGUUAUGCAAUGCAAACUUCGAGCCAAUCCUGAAAACGCAGUUGGCAUUUUAGCCAUGGCUGAGUAUGUUUCUCUUUUUUUAAUAUAUUCUCACAUUUUUCAAAUACUUUUUAUUACAGAAAUGUCCAAGUUUUGUCUAGUUUGUCAACUGAAGCUGGCCGACUUUUUGAUGAAAACUCAUCAAAUUGA